AGGUUUGUGGACUUAAACCUGCAGGGCUCUCACCAUGGUGCAGGAGAAGAAUGGCGGGAUAAGCACAGACACGGGCCCUCCACCAAUUCAGCAGAACAGACCCGCUUUAACAUGGGAAUUGAAGAUCAAGAAAAAGCUGAAGCCUGUGCCUCCCUGCCUGGGCCAGUUUAGACCAGCCGUGGGCCAGUGCUGCCACCAGUGUACCCCAGACAGCCUGCGCAAGAAACCUGGGCAAAACUCUUUCAUCGGCUUCCACAACCUGCUGAGCAUCAAAGAGACGCAAACCAGAUAUCGAGGCUGGUUGGUGCGGAAGGUGUGCUGCGCCCUGCUUGUGAGCGGGUGCAAGGUUUACGGGAGCGGAGCUGGCAACAGGCUGGAGAAAGUCUGUCAGAGUAACAGGUUGAAGGAGGCGCUCACAGCAAACCAUAAAACACCCGAGGGGGGGGAUGGCCCGGGGCAGCUAAGUCUUCUCACACCAUUUCUGCCCCUCAUUAACACCUGUAUUUCCUCUGGCCUCCUAAGAUUCAUGUGCUGGGUGACGUUGAAGAUGUUUGCCUCUGCGUUUGGAAGUAUUCAAGUUAACCUCAGCCAUCUGUCAGCUUUACACAAAGCCUCGCAAGAGGGCUCUCCGCUGGUUUAUGUGUACGUGCGUCAGAACGCCAUGGACUACGCUCUCAUCCCUCUCGUGCUCUUCUGUCACAGUCUGAGAGUACCAUACACUGUUUGUCCCCUUCACAUUACCAGCCCCUUCCUAAGAUCAGUCUUACAGAGAGUGGGUGUUAUCCUUCUGCCGUCCUCCGCAGAAACUGAGCUGGAAGCAGAGAGGGACCCUCUGCAUGCUCCUCUCAUGACGUCUCUGCUACGUGAGCUGCUACAUGAGGGUCAGGCGUUAAGUGUUGGUGUGUCAGCAGAGUCUGGUCAGGGUGGCCAGUGGCUGGCUCGCAUCAGGCAGCUCAUCAAAGAGGGCUCUGUCUCCGACGUCUGCCUGGUCCCUGUGGGCAUCUCGUACGACUGUGUGACCAAGACCAACACAAAGGUUGGCAUGGGAUCUUUGUUACAGUGGCUGUGGUCUCUUCUCUGGAGGAAAUCUAGUGGAAGUGUAAGGAUCCAUCUGGCUCAACCCUUUUCUCUUAAGGAGAUGUGCGAGUCGGGGAGGUGCAGAGCAGAUGAAUGGCUCCCUCUACAGGACCUGUUGCUGCCUGUUAUACUCAACAAUAGAGGUAACAGUGUGUUUGGUAAGAGGAGGAUGUCCUGGCUCCUGCCUUCUUCUGCUUCUGACCCAGAGGAGCAAAGUCAUCCAGAUAGAGACCUCAGUGUUGCUGUCAUCCUGCACCUCAUCUUCUCUGCUACUUCCUGCAUGGCUGUAAUGUCUACCAGUAUUGUUUCCAGUCUUUUGCUGCACCGGCACCGUGAGGGCGUGAGAGUAUCCAUCCUGUGUCGUGACUUUGCCUGGCUCACGGACGAACUCCUGUUCAGAAAGCGGGAUGUUGGCUUUGGGGGAACUUUAGUGGAGGUUGUGUACCAUUCGCUCUUCCUCCUCAACCCUCACCUCAUCAUAGCCGCCACACCCUCCAGCCGUGAAAGCUCUGCCUCAGCUAGGAAAGACCCUCUCAUUGUGCCCCGCCCGUCUCUUGCUUCCACUCUUCACCUCUCGCUCCAAGCAAAGACAGUGACACACUCUUUCAUAUUAGAGGCUGUUGGAGAGACCUGUUUUAUGGUGGAUAAUGCUGAACACCUGGAUGCCCCGGAGCAAACAGUCGGGUUCUUUUGUUUUGUAGCGUGUGCAGUGUCGGCCAUGCUCUGCGAGGUGGUUCUCAGUGGCGUCAGCAGCAAGGUGAGAGCUGACGGCGCGGAGGGAGAGGAGGUCAAAGGUGACAUGGAGUUUGAUGUGGUGCUCGGCCAGAGCGAGCUGACGGAGAAAGCCUUGCAGCUUUGCCAUCUCCUGCCUCCGGGCGUCAUGCCACCCUGUCAGUCGUCCCAGAGCUUUGCUCUGGAUGCUGUUGACAGUCUGGUUCGCUGCGGCAUCCUGAUCAUGGAAGAAAUUCCUAGAGAUGUCCCCAUCUGUGACUUCUGGAAGAAGGAGGGUACUUUGUCCUGGACGACCAGCGACGACCCGUAUUACAGCGACUCUGACUGUGAGGAGCAAGACCUGCGCUCAUACAAGAUAAGUCAGCCAACUCAGUGUCCGGAGAUGCUCUUCUUCCUCUGCAGUAUGUUAGCUGGACAUCUGAGGGCGCUGUGCUGGACCACCGCUGCUCUGGAGCUCAUGGACACUCCUCUGGCCGGUGAGGGCUUUAAACAUGAAGCAGAGUUUCUGUCUCAGAUACACUCCUUCCUCUGCGAUAUGGCAAAUCAGAAGAAACGGCACUACGAGAGCUGUUCAGAGGAAGCAGCACACACUGCAGUCAGAACACUCCUAGACCUCGGGGUCCUUUUGGAGAGGCGUCAGGCGGGAGGCAUCUUCCUGGGCGUUAGUCCUUUGUUCCAGCCGUCAGAGAACAGGCAGAAACUGCUGCGCUUCAUCUCACAGUACAUGUACAAUUAAUGCCUUUAAGUGCGAGGCCUGACUGGAGGCUUUGACUCGGCUUUGUUCUGUCGCAUGAAUCUCACUUCUCCUUCUGUCGGUGUCAGGGGAGCCUCUGUUCAGUUAAAGAAAAAUUACAAUAAUAGGCACGCAGAAAUAAGAUGCGUGUCUUAAGGUAAUUGCAUUUUUGAUUUCUUCCACGAGGCAUUGAUUUUAAGUUCAUCUUCAGUAAUAGCAUUAGCAUAAACCGCAGGAGACGAGGAUUAUGAAGUCCCUGUAAUCAGUCCUCAGGUCUGAGGGCCAACAUAUGUUCCAGUGUUUGUUUUGAUCAGAGCUGCAAAUGUUGUGUUUAUUGCACCUGAGAAGUUAAAGAAUGAUGUUCAAUUCAGCUCAUGUCCAGGGAACCUCUUUACAGUUGGACAUUAAAUGUGCUUCCCCCCACACCGCUCAUCAUUUUGAGUGUGCUCUCUUCCUGAAUGUAGAUCAUUCUGUGCUGAGUCAGACCUCCUCAAAGUAUCUGACAUAGACCUUUGGACAUCGUGG